AUUAUAACAUUAAUUAUACUAAUUUCUUUAAUUACUAGUUUUAUCUUUAUACAAAUAAAACACCCCUUAGCUAUAGGGUUAAUACUUUUAAUUCAAACAUUUCUAACUUCCCUGUUAACUGGUAUAUUCGUAAAAACAUUUUGAUUUUCUUAUGUUUUAUUUUUAAUUUUUAUAGGAGGAAUAUUAGUUUUAUUCAUUUAUGUAACUUCUCUUUCAUCUAAUGAAAUAUUUUCAUUAUCUAUAAAACUAUUUUUUUUAUCUUUAAGUAUAAUUUUAAUAUUUAUUGUAUUUUCUUUUUUUUUUGAUAAAUCAAUUAUUAGAAUAUUUAUUAAUAAUAAUGAAAUAAAUAAUUUAUUUUCUACAAAUUCUUUAAUAAUAGAAGACUUAAUUUCAUUAAAUAAAAUAUAUAACUUUCCAACUAAUUUAAUUACUUUAUUAUUAAUUAAUUAUUUAUUUUUAACUUUAUUAGUAACAGUAAAAAUUACAAAAAAAAAUUAUGGGCCCUUACGCCCAAUAAAUUAA